AGCCAUAAAAUUAAAGAGCUUCUCCGUCCUCCAAAUCCAAUACCUCUUCGUGUAUCUCUCUUGUCCAUCUCUCUCCACAUCUACCUUUGAGUUGACUAGCUCAAAUUACGUACUUGGUUUCUUUCUUGGCAUCUUAUAGAAGGAAGGAGGGGGAAAUGAUGGGCGACCAAGGCGGCGGCGGCGGAGGGAGUGGUGUUGGAGUUGGAGUUGGAGGGGGGAUGAUGAGGGAUUACAGGAAAGGGAACUGGACGGUGAGCGAGACGAUGGUGCUGAUCGAAGCCAAGCGGAUGGACGAGGAGAGGAGAACCAAGAGAGGCGGCGGCGGCGGAAGCGGGAACAAGCCGGCGGAGCUUAGGUGGAAGUGGGUGGAGGAUUACUGCUGGAGGAAAGGUUGCUUCCGCAGCCAGAACCAGUGCAACGACAAGUGGGACAACCUCAUGCGCGACUACAAGAAAGUCCGCGACUACCACCGCCGACUCACUACUACUACUACAUCACCACCAUGUCCAUGUCCAUUCCCUCCCCCCGCCCCCGCCCCCGCCCCCGCCAGUUACUGGAAGCUGGAGAAGAACCAGCGGAAGGAGCGGAACCUUCCCACCAACAUGCUCCUCCAGAUUUACGACGCCCUCGUCCACGUCGUCGAGAGGCGAGGCGGCGGGAACACUACUUCUUCCCAUCCGAGUUCCCCUACUUCCGGCGACAACAACUUAUUUGUUACGUCGCUGGCUAUAGGCAAUGUGAUGAUUGACAGAUCAACAACUAACGUCGUUGUUAGUGAUCAACAACAACAACCUCCUCUACCUCUACCUCUAUUGAUGAUGACGUCAUCACCCCACCAUCAAAUUCCAGCCGUACCACCACCGCAACCAUUGGCUGCGGUUCCUCUACCACCGCCGCCUCUAAGCGAGUCUCCUCCUCACCAGUCACCCACAAUGUGUGGUGAUGGUAGCUCAGAUGAAAGGAGCGAAGAAGAAGACUACUCGGGGUCACCAUCACCUUCGCCUAAUAAGAGGAUGAGGACGUCAUUACCCGGCGGCGGCGCCGAAGAAGGACCCAGCCCGGCCACGUCAUCAGCAGGGGAGGAGGGGGAUGGUGGAGGUCGAGUAGUAGAGGGGAGGAGGGGGAUAUGGAGGAUAGUGGAGGCGAUUGAGGCGUGCGAGCAUGGACAAGAGCGGCGGCACAGGGAGAUGGUGAGGUUGCAGGAGCGGAGGCUCAAGAUGGAGGAGUCCAAGGCGGAGAUGACCCGCCACGGGUUGGUGGACGCCAUUAAUAAGCUCGCCAACUCCAUUCUAGCUCUCGCUUCUUCCUCCUCCUUCUCUUCCCCUCCUCCUCCUCCUCCUCCUCCUCCUCCUCCUCCUCCUCCUAAUUCCCAUAAUAACAACAAUAAUAAUAGCACCAAAACCCACAACCCUUCUUCUUCUUCUACACCCCCGCCACACUGAUCGAUGAAGCAACAAACCCCAAAUUAAACCACCCCGGCCACCCUUGUCGAUCGAAGAACAUCAUCCUCAUAGUGAGUCAUGGAAAUUAAUUAAGUUGUUGUUUAUUAAUCUCAUGUACAUAUAGUCGAUCCAGAUGAUCAUUCAUCCAGGAGAAGGAGAAGGAGAUCACUCGACUCAGUCAAAAAGUCAGAUGGUAAUUAAUACUCUCAUUAAUUGGUGUACACUAUGUAUGUGAGGACUGGACUGGAUUGGAUUGGAUUGGAAUGUACGCCAUAUGUAGGUAGGUAGGACCGUCCGGAUUAUAUAUCCAAUAAGUGUUCCUUCUUGUUCUUGACUAUGCCUAUAUAGAUAAUUAAUUCUUUGUGUUGAUUAAUAUAUGCAUGGUUAGUUGCUAGUUAACGUGAUCAAC